CGAACGACAUCGAUCUUCAGCUCCGCCUCUCCUCCACUGCACCUGAAGUCACUCUCCCUGAGCUUCGUCCCUUUUCUCGGCCUCAAUGAACCGCCAUCGUCUCUCUACCUUCCGCCUCCCCUCCGACGCCCCCACAUUUUGGCAAUCAGUCGAGGAAUCCUCCCUGUCCUUCACAAUCAAACCCUUAGACAUGUCGAUUCUCGACGCACCUAAGUGGACGCAGUGGCGGCAAGCUUAUGAGGUGCUCAGUUUCUACCUCCUAGAGAUCGCCUUCCAUUGGGCGGAGCCUGCCGACAGGAGCGAGGGGGACGAGAUCCCGACCGACGAGGUGGAGCUACUGCUCGUCCAGGGGUGGAGGACGGACACGGAGGGAGACUUCUUUGGGAUCAUAUUCGGAGAAGUGCGUGACGGCCAUCUGAGCUCCAUUACGAACGAGUUGCUGGUGUUCCUGACCCAAGUACGAGACGACCUGCCAUUGGAGAUCCUCUCGCAUUGCCACCAGAGACCAGGAACAGCCGCGCUCGCUCGCACCCUCGAGCCGCACCUUCUUUGGUUCGCGUGUAAGGAAUUAGAGGGGAACGGCUACUACCUACCCUCAAGGGAUGUGUAUCUGAUCGUCGACGUUACUAACCUCUCCACGUGGGACCCGCUCAUCCGGCGUGUCCCUAUAGGAGAGACCAGCGAGGAGGCUGGGGAGGAAGAAGAAGAAAGUGAGGAGGGCGAUCACCUCCAGUAUACGGAAGGUGAGACGACGCCAGAGGAGGAGGAAUCGGGAGCAGAGUCGGACGAUCCUGACUAUCGGGAAUCAGAGCACGCCGAGUCGGAAGGAGCCAGUUCGGGUCGAGUGGAAUCAGGGGAAGAAGAAGGUGAAUCGGGGGGAUCAAGUGGCCCCGACGAAUUAAGCAGAGAGGAAAGGGGGGUCGCGGCGCAGAGGGUACGAGCAGCAGCGGAAGGGAAGUGGUCAAUCGAAGGAUCAGACGGGCCACCACCACUGCAGGACGAUCUGGCGCACAAUCCAAAACCGUCGCGGGAGGAAGACGAGUAAGAUGACGCCGCCGCGUACGGAUCAACAAGUCGGCGCCGCCGAAGAAGUCGAUCGCCCUCCCAAUCCUCCCCAGCUCGACCCACAUCCCUUCGCCUACGUCGGGCGCAAGGGCUUCGUCCCCGGUCAUUAUCCCGCCGUCCCCGUGACUUCCUCACCGUGCAACAGCUCGUAGGUCGACCCCCGUUCCCGGAUACAUGGCAUCCAUUUCCCCUCUCCCUCUUCUACCAUCGCCACGUCACCCCCCUUCUGAUCAACAUCUUCCCGCAUGCCACUACUCGCUCCCUCGUCACCUUUUUCCCCCUCCACGUCCUCCUCUUUAGCAUCGAUUGGCGAGAAUAAAAUAAUAUAGAGGUC